UGUUGGUAAAUAUACACAUCCUCCACCUCCAUCUAAUCAUAUUCCAGAAGCAAUAAAAGAUCGACUAAAUAUAAUGAUUAAUGAUGCAUCUAGUCAAUUAGAUUAUACAUUACCAGAAAUACAUGCUUCAUUAAAUAAUUUAGAUCAGCUUCGCUAUUUAGUUGGUCGUGCACAACAAUUGCAAAAUCCAUAUGGGCAAGGAAUUCUUGGCAUACAUAUACAUAAUGAAGAUUGGAGCUAUAUUUUAGGAGAUCUUGAUUUUGCGCAAGCUAAAGGGCUUGGAUUAGCAUUAUCAAAAAUUGAUUCAAAUAAAAGUUGUCAAGAUGAAGUUCAAAGUUUAUUUAAUCAAAUUAAAAUUUCUAAUGAAAAUGACAUUGAAGGUGAAACCACCAAUGUUGCAGAAUCUGCACAUGCUGAUAUCAAUCGUGAAGGAAAAGGAUUAAACUUAAUCAAUGCAAUUGAAAAAGCACUAAGAUUUGAUAAUCGAAAAUUUAUAACUUGUACAGUUCAAGAUAAAUAUGGAGUAGCUAAAACUGAAGAAGAUUCAUUAACACUAUUAGAACGGCAAAUAGCUUUAGAAGAAUGGCGAUUAGAACUUGAAGAAAGAAAGGAAAAACUUCGAGAAAAAAAACUUUUAAAUUAUGAAAAAGCACGUGAAUUAGGUGUCGAAGAAGAAUUAGG